AUGAAUAAAAAAGGAUGCAUCUCAAAGAAAGCAUCAUCAGUUCACCCACCGAACCAGUCCAAAGUUCAAAGUCCGUAUUUCGAUAUGCCUACCGCACGUCGUCCGACUCCGAUUAGGGUCGUUGUUUCGAAGAGGCAAGCGAAGCAAGAGAACCCGAUCAAGUCAUCAUCCGAAGCCACUCUGGCUGCUGGUGAUGAUGCUAAUCGUAUGUCCUCAAACGAGUUGUUGAUCGCCAUUCAAAAGAGAAACAAGGACCCAGUAAUUGGCAAAAUGAUUGAGGCUCUGAUAUCUAAAAUUCCUGUAGAAAUCGCUGAUGGAAUUGAAGCCGAGAAGCGUGGAAGAUCCAUUAUUUUGUCUGGCUUACCGGAAGCGGCAGUUUAUCGUCCCCCGGGAUCCUCUGCUGCUGAUGACGAGAGGUUGGUUGAGGUUCUCAUAGGAACUUUCGCUAUCUGGAAGCCAUUUGAUGAUUUGCGUGGAGUGGCCAAGUGGCACGGCUUACACGGGCGAGGGAUCGGAGAAUUCAUGAAUCCUGUGGGUCGUGCAGUGGCGGAUCGACAUCAGGUCAUAGCAAACGCUCCUGAUCACUCGGAGGUUCGUGGGUGGAUUCGGGUUACAGGAGCGGGUGUUCGUGGAAUUAAUAAGAAAAGCGACGUGAGCUGUGAAGUAUCGGCGGCGGCCACCGCAAGCAUCGUCUAUAGCGGCGCACAGGCGCAGUUCAUAUGGCUUGUCUUGACGGAAUGGUACAGAAUGGAA